GUGACCCAGGUGCGUACGCGACGGAGCGGGGUGUGAAGAUGGCGGACGAAGAGGCCGAGCAGGAGAGGUUGAGUCGCGGCGGAGGCGGCUGCGUCGCGGAGCUGCAGCGCCUGGGCGAGCGGCUGCAGGAGCUGGAGCGACAGCUGCGGGAGAGCCGCGUGCCGGCCGUGGACGCGGCCACGGAGUACUGUCAGCAGCUGUGCCAGACACUCCUUGAAUAUGCAGAGAAAUGGAAAACUUCCGAAGACCCUUUACCUUUAUUGGAGGUAUACACAGUGGCUAUCCAAAGUUAUGUUAAAGCCCGACCUUAUCUUACCUCUGAAUGCGAAAAUGUAGCAUUGGUUCUGGAACGCUUGGCAUUAAGCUGUGUUGAACUUUUAUUGUGCCUACCUGUUGAGUUAUCAGAUAAACAGUGGGAACAAUUUCAGACACUGGUGCAGGUAGCUCAUGAAAAGCUGAUGGAGAAUGGCAGCUGUGAAUUGCAUUUUUUAGCUACUCUAGCUCAAGAGACUGGGGUGUGGAAAAACCCGGUACUGUGCACUAUUCUUUCCCAGGAACCAUUGGAUAAGGAUAAAGUGAAUGAAUUUUUAGCUUUUGAGGGUCCCAUCUUGUUGGAUAUGAGAAUUAAACAUCUAAUCAAAACCAAUCAGUUAAAUCAAGCAACUGCUCUAGCAAAGCUGUGUUCUGACCAUCCAGAGAUUGGUACAAAGGGUAGUUUUAAGCAAACUUACCUUGUUUGUCUUUGUACAUCAUCACCAAAUGAAAAGUUAAUCGAAGAGAUCUCAGAAGUUGAUUGUAAAGAUGCACUAGAAAUGAUCUGCAACUUAGAAUCUGAGGGUGAUGAAAAAAAUGCUCUUGUCUUAUGUACUGCAUUUUUAUCACGUCAGCUUCAACAAGGAGAUAUGUACUGUGCUUGGGAACUCACUCUCUUUUGGAGUAAAUUACAGCAAAGAGUAGAACCAUCUAUACAAGUAUACCUAGAAAGAUGUCGUCAACUUUCUCUGUUAACCAAGACGGUAUAUCACAUUUUCUUCCUGAUUAAAGUUAUUAAUUCCGAGAAGGUUGCCUGGUGCUGGACCACUGUCUGGGGGGUGUGGACUGAAGGGGCUGGACUUGCCACCUGUAUAGAACUAUGUGUAAAAGCCCUUCGUUUGGAAUCGACAGAAAAUACUGAAGUGAAAAUAUCUAUUUGCAAGACCAUUUCGUGCUUGUUGCCUGAUGAUCUGGAAGUUAAACGUGCUUGUCAACUGAGUGAAUUUCUUAUUGAGCCUACGGUAGAUGCAUAUUAUGCUGUGGAAAUGUUGUAUAACCAGCCAGAUCAGAAAUACGAUGAAGAGAAUCUUCCAAUACCAAAUUCUCUACGCUGUGAGCUCUUACUUGUAUUGAAAACUCAGUGGCCCUUUGAUCCAGAAUUCUGGGAUUGGAAAACCUUAAAACGACAAUGUCUUGCAUUAAUGGGGGAAGAAGCAUCCAUUGUGUCUUCAAUAGAUGAACUAAACGACAGUGAAGUUUAUGAGAAAGUAGUAGACUACCAGGAAGAUAUUAAAGAAACUUCUGUAAAUGGACUUUCUGGUGGAGUUGGUGCUAAUUCUGGCCUUCUCAAAGACCUCUGUGAUGAAAAGCAGAAGAAGAGAGAGAUAAAACAAUUAAGAGAGAGAGGAUUUAUAUCUGCUAGGUUUAGGAAUUGGCAAGCCUACAUGCAGUAUUGUGUGCUGUGUGACAAAGAAUUCCUUGGUCAUAGAAUAGUACGACAUGCUCAGAAACAUUACAAAGAUGGGAUUUACAGUUGUCCUAUAUGUGCAAAGAACUUCAAUUCUAAAGAAACUUUUGUCCCUCAUGUCACAUUGCAUGUUAAACAAUCUAGUAAAGAGAGACUAGCAGCUAUGAAACCAUUAAGAAGAUUGGGGAGGCCACCUAAAAUCACAACUACUAAUGAGAAUCAGAAGACUAAUGCUGUGACCAAGCAGGAGCAGCGGCCUAUAAAAAAGAAUAGUCUGUAUUCAACAGAUUUCAUAGUAUUUAAUGACAAUGAUGGUUCAGAUGAUGAGAAUGAUGACAAAGAUAAAUCUUAUGAGCCAGAAGUGAUCCCAGUCCAGAAACCAGUGCCCGUUAAUGAAUUCAAUUGCCCUGUAACUUUUUGUAAAAAGGGCUUUAAGUACUUUAAAAAUUUAAUUGCUCAUGUAAAGGGGCAUAAGGAUAAUGAAGAUGCCAAGCGCUUUCUUGAAAUGCAAAGCAAAAAAGUUAUUUGCCAGUACUGUAGACGGCAUUUUGUAAGUGUUACUCAUCUUAAUGAUCACCUACAAAUGCACUGUGGCAGUAAACCAUAUAUCUGUAUACAGAUGAAAUGUAAGGCUGGUUUUAAUAGUUAUGCAGAGCUCUUAACACACCGAAAGGAACAUCAAGUUUUUAGAGCAAAGUGUAUGUUUCCUAAAUGUGGCAGAAUUUUUUCAGAAGCUUACUUACUAUAUGAUCAUGAAGCACAGCAUUAUAAUACUUACACUUGUAAGUUCACAGGUUGUGGUAAAGUGUAUCGUUCUCAGAGUGAACUAGAAAAGCAUCUGGAUGAUCACAGUACUCCUGAAAAAGUGCUGCCUCCGGAAGACCAUCUUAAUUCACCUGGAGAUUGUGUUCAGCCUUCUAAAGUGAAUCAGAACACAGAAGUGAGCAUUGAAAAAGAGAGAUCUCUGCUUCCUUCAGAAAAUAACAUUGAAAACACCUUACCAGCAGAUAGAAGUGAUGCUUGGGAUAAAAGCAAAACAGAAUCAGCUGUGACCAAACAAGACCAGAUUUCUGUAUCAGAGCUCAGGCAAGCUGAUGGACCAUUGACAAAUGGCUUGGAAAACCCAGUGACUACUCCUCUCCUUCAGGCCAGUGAAGUAGCUGUGUCCAUUAAAGUGUCCCUCAAUCAGGGGAUUGAGGAUAACUUCGGAAAGCAAGAAAACUCAACUGUGGAAGGCACUGGUGAAUCAUUGGUCACAAACUUGCACACACCGGUUGAAGAUACUUGUAAUGAUUUGUGUCGUCCAGGUUUUCAAGAAAGAAAAGAACAGGAUUGCUUUAAUGAAGCCCAGAUUACUCAGAAUUCUUUAGUAAAUUCAGAAACCCUCAAAAUAGGUGACCUUACCCCACAAAACUUAGAAAGACAAGUGAACAACCUGAUGACCUUUUCUGUGCAAAACCAGGCAGGAUUUCAAAACAGUUUACCAGCUUCUAAGUUUGAAUGUGGAGGUAAUGUUAAAACAUCAUCCAGUCUUUAUAAUUUACCUCUUAAGACAUUGGAAAGUAUCACAUUUGUUCCAUCACAGCCCAACCUAAGUAGUUCUUUAGGAACUCCAUCAGUGCCUCCAAAAGCACCAGGUCAGAAAUUCAGUUGCCAGGUUGAAGGAUGUACUCGAACCUAUAAUUCUUCACAGAGUAUUGGGAAACACAUGAAGACAGCACACCCUGACCAGUAUGCUGCAUUUAAAAUGCAGCGCAAAAGUAAAAAAGGUCAAAAAUCAAACAACUUAAAUACACCAAAUAAUGGCAAGUUUGUUUAUUUUUUGCCAUCACAGGUGAGCAGCUCUAACAAUGCAUUUUUUACACCACAGACCAAAGCCAACGGGAAUCCUACUUGUUCAAAUCAGUUGCAGCACAUGUCGCCUUCCAUUUUUCCAGCUCAUUUAGCAAGUGUGUCAGCUCCACUGUUGCCGUCAGUGGAAAGUGUCAUAAAUCCAAAUAUACCUUCUCAGGAUAAAAAUGAACAAGGUGGUGGGAUUAUAUGUUCCCAAAUGGAAAAUUUAUCUACUCCUACCUUGCCAGCACAAAUGGAAGAUCUAACCAAAACAGUUUUGCCUUUGAAUAUUGACAGUGGCUCAGAUCCUUUCCUUCCUUUACCUGCAGAAAGCAGUUCAAUGUCUCUUUUCCCUUCACCAGCAGAUAGUGGCGCUAAUUCUGUUUUUUCCCAACUGGAAAAUAAUACAAAUCAUUUUUCCUCACAGAUUGAAGGAAACACCAAUUCCUCCUUUCUAAAGGGAGGCAAUGGUGAAAAUGCAGUUUUUCCUUCACAAGUCAAUGUUGCAAAUGACUUUAAUAGCACCAGUGCCCAACAGUCUGCACCUGAAAAAGUUAAAAAAGACCGUGGGCGGGGCCCAAAUGGGAAGGAAAGAAAACCCAAGCACAACAAAAGGGCUAAAUGGCCUGCAAUUAUCAGAGAUGGGAAAUUUAUCUGUAGCAGGUGUUAUAGGGCUUUUACUAAUCCCAGAUCUCUGGGUGGGCACUUGUCUAAGCGAUCUUAUUGUAAACCACUGGAUGGAGCAGAAAUUGCUCAAGAACUUCUACAGAAUAAUGGACAGCCUUCUCUUCUUGCCAGCAUGAUUCUCUCCACAAAUGCAGUAAAUUUGCCGCAGCCGCAACAGUCUACCUUCAACCCAGAAGCAUGUUUUAAAGAUCCGUCAUUCCUGCAACUUCUUGCUGCUGAAAAUCGCUCAUCAACAUUUUUACCAAAUACAUUUUCCCGGACUGGUGUGACUAGCUUUAGUACCAGUGUUAGUCAAGAAGGAAGUGAAAUUAUUAAACAAGCUUUGGAAACUGCUGGCAUUCCCAGUACGUUUGAGGGUGCUGAAAUACUUUCUCAUGUUCCAGCAGGUUGUGUUUCAGAUGCAGCACAAGUAAAUGCAGCAGUGAUGCCAAACCCAGCUGUGCCACCCCUGUUGCAGACUGUAUGCCACCCAAGCUCCCUGCUGACAAACCAGAAUAGGACACCAAACUCCAAAACAUCCUCCAUUGAGGAAUGCAGCAGUUUACCUGUUUUCCCAACAAAUGACUUACUACUGAAGACUGUUGAAAAUGGUUUGUGUUCUAGUUCAUUCCCUAAUUCUAGUGGGCCAUCACAAAAUUUUACCAGUAACAGUUCACGUGUUUCAGUUAUAAGUGGUCCUCAGAACACAAGGUCCAGUCAUUUAAAUAAAAAGGGAAACAGUGCUUCAAAGAGAAGAAAGAAAGUUGCCCCUCCCCUAAUUGCACCUAAUGCUUCCCAGAACUUGGUAACAAGUGACUUAACAGCAAUGGGACUUAUAGCAAAGAGUAUUGAGAUACCAACUACUAACCUCCAUUCGAAUGUAAUUCCAAAUUGUGAGCCUCAGGGUUUGGUGGAAAACCUAGCACAGAAAUUAAAUAAUGUUGACAAUCAGUUAUUUAUUACUGAUGUGAAAGAAAACUUUAAAACUAGUCUUGAGUCCCAUACAGUGUUAGCUCCGUUAACAUUAAAAACUGAAAAUGGUGAUUCCCAAAUGAUGGCUUUGAAUUCAUGCACAACUUCAAUAAAUUCUGAUUUGCAGAUUUCUGAAGACAAUGUUAUGCAAAACUUUGAAAAGACUCUUGAAAUUAUUAAAAGUGCUAUGAAUUCUCAAAUACUUGAGGUAAAAAGUGGAUCUCAGGGUGUUGCUGAAACAUCACAGAGUGCUCAAAUAAAUUAUAACAUUCAGCUUCCCUCAGUAAACACUGUACAGAAUAGCAAGUUAUCUGAUUCUUCGCAGUUUUCCUCCUUCAUAGGUGUCAUGCCAACGAAAAGUAACAUUCCUCAGUCUGAAGUAUUACAUAAGGAGGAUCAAAUACAGGAAAUUUUAGAAGGCUUACAGAAAUUAAAAUUAGAAAAUGACCUGUCCACUCCAGCAUCUCAGUGUGUACUAAUAAACACAUCAGUGACACUGACUCCCACUCCCAUUAAACCAAUCCCAAAUGUCACAGUUGUUCAGCCAGUUUCUGAAAUGAUAAGUAACAUUCAGUUCAGUGACAAAGUUAAUAAACCCUUUGUGUGUCAAAACCAAGGUUGUAAUUAUAGUGCUAUGACAAAGGAUGCUUUAUUCAAGCACUAUGGUAAGAUUCAUCAGUACACUCCAGAGAUGAUUCUUGAAAUUAAGAAGAAUCAGUUGAAAUUUGCUCCAUUUAAAUGUGUAGUACCUACCUGUACAAAAACAUUUACAAGAAAUUCUAAUCUCCGAGCACACUGUCAAUUGGUCCAUCAUUUUACAACAGAAGAAAUGGUGAAGUUAAAAAUAAAAAGGCCUUAUGGAAGAAAAUCUCAGAGUGAAAAUUUGUCAGCCCCACGAAUUUCACAACAAAAAAGACAGCUAACUAUGACAGAGGAAAAUAAAAGGGAGUUCCAGCCUGCUUUAGAAUUGGGAGCAAUGAAGGAAAAUGUCCUCAGUAAUACAGCAGUUAACCCAGAAAAACAACUUGUAGAAAAAAAAAGUCCUGAAAAAACAGAAAGUUCUUUGCAAGUGAUUACAGAUACUUCAGAACAAUGUAAUAUAAAUUCUCUCACAAACAUACAAACCAAAGGGCGGAAAAUUAGGAGACAUAAAAAAGAAAAGGAGGAGAAAAAACGCAAGAAGCCAGUUUCCCACUCCCUUGAGUUUCCAACAAGAUACAGUCCCUACAGACCUUAUCGAUGUGUUCACCAAGGUUGCUUUGCUGCUUUCACUAUACAGCAGAACUUAAUUCUGCAUUACCAGGCUGUACACAAAUCAGAUCUACCUGCAUUUUCUGCAGAAAUUGAAGAGGAAAGUGAAGCUGGUAAAGAAAGUGAAGAGAUUGAAACUAAACAAACUGUGAAAGAAUUUCGAUGUCAGGUGAGUGACUGUUCUCGAAUCUUUCAAGCAAUUACUGGCCUCAUCCAGCACUACAUGAAACUUCAUGAAAUGACUCCUGAGGAAAUUGAAAGUAUGACUGCUUCUGUGGAUGUUGGGAAGUUUCCAUGUGACCAGUUAGAGUGUAAAUCUUCGUUUACUACAUAUUUGAACUAUGUUGUUCAUCUUGAGGCAGAUCAUGGAAUUGGGAUAAGGGGAAAUAAAACUGAAGAAGAUGGUAUAUACAAGUGUGACUGUGAAGGCUGUGACCGUAUAUAUGCAACUCGGUCAAAUCUCCUCCGACACAUUUUUAAUAAGCAUAAUGACAAACAUAAAGCUCAUUUGAUUCGACCAAGAAGAUUAACACCUGGUCAGGAAAAUAUAUCAAGCAAGGCAAACCAAGAAAAGACAAAGUCUAAACAUCGGGGGACAAAACACAAAUCUGGAAAGGAAGGAAUCAAAAUGCCUAAGACAAAACGAAAGAAAAAAAAUAAUUUAGAAAACAAGACUGCGAAAAUUGUGCAGAUUGAAGAAAAUAAACCUUAUUCUCUGAAACGUGGAAAGCAUGUAUAUUCUAUAAAGGCUAGGAACGAUGCCUUGUCUGAGUGUACAAGCAGAUUUGUAACCCAGUAUCCAUGUAUGAUAAAGGGGUGUACAUCAGUUGUUACAAGUGAAAGCAAUAUAAUUAGACAUUAUAAAUGCCAUAAGUUAUCGAAGGCAUUUACGUCACAACACCGUAAUCUUCUCAUUGUCUUCAAGCGGUGUUGCAACUCACAAUUAAAGGAAACUUCUGAUCAAGAGGUUGAUAAGAGUGAUGUGAAAAAUUCUGACGCAUGUGUAUCAGAGAGCAGUGACAACUCCAGAACAGCUACAGUUCCACAGAGGGAAAUUGAAAAAAAUGAAAAAGACGAAAUGGAUGAGCUGACAGAAUUAUUUAUUACAAAAUUAAUAAAUGAAGACAAUGCAAGUGUGGAGACCCAAGCUCAAACCUCUUCAAAUGUAAGUAAUAAUUUUCAGGAAAAUAACCCCUGCCAGUCAGAAAAACAAAAAACAAGUAAUUUGAAGAGAGUUAAUAAGGAAAAAAAUGUCUCCCAAAAUAAAAAGAGGAAAGUUGAAAAAGCUGAACCAACAUCAGCAGUUGAGUUAAGUAGCACUCACAAAGAAGAAGAAACUGCUGUUGCAAUUCAAACUACGGAGGAGCAUCCUGCAUCUUUUGACUGGAGCUCGUUUAAACCAAUGGGAUUUGAAGUAUCAUUUCUGAAGUUUCUUGAAGAGUCUGCAGUGAAGCAGAAGAAAAAUUCUGACAAAGACCAUCCAAAUAGUGGAAAUAAGAAAGGAUCCCAUUCAAAUUCAAGAAAAAAUAUUGACAAGACUGCUGUGACUAGUGGAAAUCAUGUAUGUUCUUGUAAAGAAAGUGAAACCUUUGUACAGUUUGCCAAUCCAUCACAGCUUCAGUGCAGUGAUAAUGUAAAAAUUGUUUUAGACAAGACUCUUAAAGAUUGCACUGAACUUGUGUUAAAACAGCUUCAGGAAAUGAAACCUACCGUCAGUCUGAAAAAACUUGAAGUACAUUCAAAUGAUCCAGAUGUGUCUGUUAUGAAAGAAAUUAGUUUGGGUAAAGCAACAGGGAGAGGGCAGUACUGAUAACUAAUGUACUAUAAAUACAUCAUUUAUGGUUUUAUUUCAAAUAGGAAGCCAUCAUGCAUGUUAGAAUUGUGAAACUUUUUCAUUAAUUUUUGUUGUUGACAUGAAUUAACCUGGCCAAAAAAAGGAAAAAUGGAAAAAAAAAAAAACAUGACAUUUGUCAUGUAAAACUUUUUUUUUUUUAUCCCUAUGGGACUUGAGGAACAGAAUCAAUACUUCAGUUAUUGUAAAUAGUUGAGCUACACCUCAGAUUUCUAUCAGUCAGUUGCCCUUUCCAUGAACUAAACUGAAUUAUCUGUGUGAUUGAUAUGUUUCACCAGGUCACUGCUCAUGUAGAACAGUACUCUUUGUUUGUAGAUAUCUUUUUUGUAUAUAUUUAUUAUUGUAAAUCAUUUGCUGCCACCAGCAGUGUGUAAGUCUAAACUAUUAAAUGACACAUUUAUAUUUGGAAUUUUAAUUUUUAACUAAGUGAUCAAGUUUUUAAAACUGUUCAUUUUAAAUUAAGAAAUUUUUGAGCUAAAAGUAGAAACUCUGCCAUAGUUCAUUGAUUUUUACAUAAAACAUUUAUUUACAAGAUGAUCUCAAAAUUACUUUUCACAAAGUAGGCACAUUAUAUCAACACCUUGCUCUGCUUUGUAAAUUUAUCCUCUAGGAUUUUGGGGAUGGUAUUCAUGUGAAAUUAUAGCAGGUUCUUUAGCAGUUUCCUAUAGCUACAGUUUUUUUUCAAUGCUUCUAAUUGGAUAUAGUUAUUAUGAUUCCAUGAAAUAUAAUGGAAAUGUGAAUAAAGAAUUUACUACGUCAAAGAUUUUAAACAUUUGGUAUUAAAAAAAAUUCUUUGUGAAUGUGAUAGAAACUAGUAGUGUGGAGCAGUGUAAAUAUUUGAGGUGGUGAUUUGUGAAGUAGCCCAGUAUUGCCUUAAAUAAAAUCACAUUUCAUUUCUUGUUUUAUACA